UAUCAGUUUGUCUUUCGCAGGGGCAAGAUCGGACAUUCCCCUCAAAAAACUCUCCGAAAUAUAAUAUCUUAUCAAUAAUGCCACUGAAGUUUCCCACAAUUUGGCUGCCUGUGCUCCUGUUUAGUUGCCAUUUGAUGGCGGAAAUUCCGCAAUGUUUUCGUUUUACGUGGAUCGGGGCCUAUGAGAAUCACUCAAAUAUUCAAUCGGAAACCUGUGACACCAGAGUGGGAGACUUUAAUGAGAUCCCCUGUUCCAUGCCUCUGGUGGUGACUCCCGAUGACACAGUGCCGGAUGUCAAGGCCUUGUGGCAGAACCAAACAGAAGACCGUGAAAAGUUUCUCUGCCAGAUGUCUGCUGGGUUUUCUUGCGUCAAGUUCUCGUACAUUUUCAAAGGUGGCAUUCAAAACAUCACCUAUAUGGCCGCCAAGGUUAAUAACACCAAUGGCUGUUUCACCCAGACUUAUGAGAAUGGCAUGCAGGUGGAGGCCUGUGUCUGCACGUCUAGAGUCGGCCUGAUACCCUGUAAUGGCUCGGCAAACAAUGGACCAACACUUGUAAUGGGCUGGGCACUGUGUUUGCUCGGCUCUUAUCAAUUGCUCAAUAAAUAUCGAAUAGUUUGAGCUGACAGUGCUUUUGACUGGCAAUGUAAUGUGA